UUUCUCAGCAGGUUCUGCUCUCUUCAUCUUGUACUGAAACUGAAUCCAACCAGACACAUUGUCCGAGAGAGGCGAGGAACACAGAAUAUGGCUGUGGCUGGGUGUCCGGAUUAUUUCCUGCAUCAUCCAAAUUAUCAGCAGGACAAUAUAGACCGGACCUCCAAUCACAGGCCAGCUGAUCUCAUUGGUCCGAACUUCCAGCAAUCAGCCAAUCGGAGUUCUCCUAACCAUCAAGAGGAUGAUGUCGAUUUAGAGGCCCUGGUUAAUGAUAUGAACUCUUCACUGGAGAGCCUGUACUCCACUUGCAGUGGUCAACAGACAGCUUCUACCCCACUGCUGCAAAAUGGACAGACCUCUUCUUCAAACCAACACCACCACCAUCACCAACAACACAACCAGCCUCGGCAGGGUCAGCACACGCAUAUUCUAAGCCACGCCUCCCCAGAGCCGCCCUCAUCCUCCCCAUCGUCCUCCGACUCGCCACAAAGUGGACUCCGACGGUCACAGCCUAUGCACAUCCACGCUGUCAGGAGGUUACAGGAGGAGGAGCAGCAGUUGAGGACAUCAUCUCUCCCAGCCAUCCCGAACCCCUUCCCAGAGCUCUGCAGUCCAGCCAGCUCUCCUGUCCUCAGUCCAGGAUCCCUGCCUCCGGGAGAGCCCUCCUCUAACAUAUAUAUUGUGAAGAUCUGCAGUGAAGACGGCAUGUGUAAAGUCGUGGAGAUCCCAGCCGACAUGACCGCCAGAGACCUGUGCCAGCUCCUGGUUUAUAAAAGCCAUUGUGUAGACGACAACAGUUGGGCGCUUGUUGAACACCACACGCUGCUUGGGCUAGAGCGCUGUCUAGAAGACCACGAGCUGGUGGUUCAGGUCCAGGCCUCUAUGAACAGCGACAGCAGAUUCCUCUUCAGGAAGAACUAUGCCAAAUAUGAAUUCUUCAGAAACCCUCUGACGUUUUUCCCGGAGCAGAUGGUCGCAUGGUGCCAGGAAACCAGUCGUACUAUUCCACCAUCUCAGCUCCUUCAGAACUUCUUGGCGACCAGCAGCUGCCCAGAGAUUCAGGGACAUCUGUAUGUGAAGGAGGUGGGCAGGAAGUCAUGGAAGAAGGUUUACAUGUUCCUGCGGCGCUCAGGACUCUACUGCUCUACAAAAGGAACCUCAAAGGAGCCCAGACAUCUACAGUUACUAGCAGACCUUGAAGACAGCAACAUCUUCACCGUGAUCACAGGCAGAAAGCAGCACAGUGCCCCCACAGACUACGAGUUCUGUAUCAAGCCUAAUAAAGGUCGAGGGGAGAUGAAGGAGCUGAGGAUUCUGUGUGCAGAGGAUGAACAGGGCAGGACGUGUUGGAUGACAGCCUUCAGACUCUUUAAGUAUGGGAUUUUAUUGUACCAGAAUUAUAAGAUUCCUCAACAAAGAAAAAACUUACUCUCACACUUCUCAGCACCUGUGCGUAGUGUAUCAGAGAACUCCCUUGUGGCGAUGGAUUUCUCAGGCAGGAUAGGCAGAGUGAUUGACAACCCUGUAGAAGCUCAGAGCGCUGCCAUGGAGGAGGGGCACGCGUGGAGGAAGAGGAGUCAACGAAUGAACGUACUAGGCUCCCACAGUCCGCUGCACCACUCCUCAUUAAACUCAGGUACAUUUAUCCACAUGGCUCAGUUGUGGUUCCAUGGCAGGAUAACCAGAGAAGAAUCCCAUCGCAUCAUCCACCAGCAGGGACAAGUAGACGGGUUGUUUCUGCUGAGAGUCAGUCAGAGUAACCCCAAGGCGUUUGUGCUCACGCUGUGCCAUCACCAGAAAAUCAAACAUUUCCAGAUACUACCGUGUGAAGAGGACGGCCAAGUCUUCUUCAGCCUUGACGACGGCGCCACCAAAUUCACCGACCUGAUCCAGCUGGUGGAGUUCUACCAGCUCAACAGAGGAGUGUUGCCUUGUAAACUCAAACACCCGUGCACCGUCGUGGCCUUAUGACAUCAUGCGAUCAUCGGUCCCCAUAAGUCCUAUCACUUGACCUGACUCUGCCUAAAACAAGCAAAACAAAAAGAAUCUCGUUUUGUUUUUAUCUUUAUAAGAAGCUGGUGAAUGACUGAUGUUUCUUUUGUUGUCGUUGUUUUUUAUUUUAUUGUUGAGAGUCCGCCGGAGACUGCUGACUUGUUGGAUUCCUUUUAGUUUUGCAUGGACGUUUGAAGAGUCGGAUGCACAACUCGCUCACAAGGUUCCUCAGAUUAAGGAAACGAACACUGCCGUUUGUGUCAAAAAAAAAAAAAAGUUGCAUAAUGUUCCACAAUCUUGCUACCCACAGUCAUCAAUAAGCUCGGACACAGUGACCCUCGAGGUUUUUUUCGACUUUACUUCCCUUAAACUGGACAAUCAGCAGGACAAGCUUUGUGUGGACCACUCUGCUCUCUGAGAAACAAACAUUUAGUCUUAUCAAGCUUCAUCACACGGAGAGAUGAAACUGUAGGCGGAGAGUUGAUUGUCUCUUAAGUUUUGCACUCACUGAACUUGGAGCGGCCUUUGACGGUGUAUGACUUCGAAGUCGUCGCAUCAAUGAACUCUGAGAUGGUGUCAGCACCCUCUAGUGUCACAGGCAUGCAAGGACAUGUUCAAAUUCAACUUGGAUGGGAUUUGGAGGCACCAGAAAGAGUGUUGCUGUCUGGAUCGAAAGUUGUCAAAAAUCUGGAACUAUCGAUACAAAGUAUUUUUAAGAAUAUAGACUGUCUAAAAUCUGCAUUUCCAACUCUCAUAGAGUUCUAUUUACUCAUCUCUGAUCACACAGGCUCUUCUUUGAUAUGUCUCCUUUUUUUUUUUUUUUUUCAUGCAUUCAGGAAACUUGCAACCCUCCAUUAUUCACAUAAGCUACGACAAGGUCAUGCUGUGCUUGUUAUUUUAUCGCAUGCUCUAGUUCUUUAGAGUCUUUUAAAUGCAGCCUCCACAAAAUGAAUACACAUAAUUCAAACCAUGGUGUUAUCAGGGUGAAAUCACAAGUACCGGUAGUUCAGCUCAAGCAAAGGCAGAAAGAAACGCGUUCUGAAAAGUAAAGUAGGAAAAAAGAGAGUAACAGUCUUUAAAUGGAUCCUCCUCACCACAGCACAGGGAAGGAUAACCACUAAUAUUUUUCUAAAGAUGUUUUUUUUAUUUGCAGUAAAUCAAUUGAAACUAAAUGUCUCCUGCUUCUGGACUCUCUUUCACACUUUUCAUAUUUCUAGUAAAGUUCCCCAAUUUGCUUCCAGAAGUGGUUAUGCUGUCAGACAUAAAGUAAAUGUGGAUAGGAGCAUGGUUUAGUGCACGGACUCCACAAUGGUAGUAAAUAUUAUGCUUUACAUUCCAUAUAAUGCUGCCUUUUAUUACCUGCGAGUACUUGUGUACUGCCUCCUGCAUGCCAACUCUGUGUGACUGCAGGUCCAUUGUCUCGUUAAAGUUAGAUGCUGUUAAGUGAGGAGGAAGUUAAAUUAACUCAGCAGGGGGGGGGGGGGGGCAGCAGCAACUUAAAACUGGAAUUUUAAGAUCUCAGACUUCAGGCUGCAAAAGCACGACAGGGCCCAUGUUGGUAGUUUUAACCCACAUUCCUGAAAUUAGCAUGAAUGAGAACACCAAAAGGUCACACUGCUCCAGGAAAACCUUUCAUAUGAAGAUCAACUUUAUUAACUUUAAAUGAGAGCACCAGACUGGAAACUUAAGACAUAAAGUCUAAAUGGAUUAGUGUGAGGGCAGAGGAUACACCUACCUUGUGUCUCACACAGUGCUAUUUCAGUACAGAUCGAUUGUUUUCCUUGUUUGCCAGCCAAGGUCAGACUAAACAGAAUGGAUCUCACUUUGUGUUUUUUGGCCAGGUCUUUGAUGGAACUCCUAAAAUUAGCAACAGUGAACGGAGCCUGUAUCAAAUAGCUUUUUAAAUAGAUAAGGAUACUUUGUAGCACCUCUUGAUCAUGUCUGGAAGAAUGGGUAAAAAAUUACCAGCAAAAUUCUGGGUGAACAACAUACAUUAGGUUGAAUGCCAAAAGUAGUUUUAGAAUGGUAUUAUAUUUUUCAUCAAAAAAACACACCUGUCACUUAACGUCAACUGUUCACAAUCACCUUCCCAUGAAAUUCUCACGACUAACAACUUAUCUCCUAUUUUUCCCACUGAUAUUCCCAUCAUUUCUAAAGAAAAAGCCCCACUUCAACAUUUGAUUUAAUCAAAGCAGUGAUGGUGGAUCUGGCUGGUUGAGCACCCAGCAGACUGACAGAUUUGUAUUUACCGUAAAUGAAACAUCCACAGUCAUGAUUUAUGUCCCUUCAGGUUGUCUUAAGGUUUUCUGAACAUCUGAGAUGCAGAAUAGCAGCACCGUAUUGACUUUCUGUGCAUAGUGGUCACCUUUAUUUAUCUGAGAUGCAUUCAAUGACUCAAUCUUUUCUUUUUUUUUAAGUAUUGUUGCAGCAAAAUUUAUUUAUUUAUCGGGAUGUGUCUGAUUACUUGAACUUUUUAGAUGUAUUUUUUUUCUCAGCGCUGUUCUAUACUGUUUUCUUUUGUCAUGGAUUGACCAGUGUGAUUGAUUAUUAUAAUGAUUAUUACUGUCAUGACAUCUUCGAUGAGUUUUGUUUCCCGUUGUGAGUUUCAUCUGAAAACUAUUCUUGUCGUCAUCAAAACGUGUUACAAAGUGUCACGGGUGUGAAAAUUGUCAUUCCAAUCGAUGACAAGGGGAAUGUUGUCAAAUUGAAAACAAAGUUUCCCAAAGCAAUCAACGGGUUGUUUUUUCAAGAUUCAUUGGGGAAAAUUAAAUAAGAAGUCCAACCCACAAGUUUUCUCAUCCCUAAUAAAUGAUCACUUAAAAUAGUAAUAAAUAGAUUCCAGUCAAAGUAAAGGGGGAAAAAAAGCUUUUAGAAACUGAGUUGGCCUCAACAUUCUCAAAAUUCACUGUUUUAACGCACUGCCUUGAGAAGACACACUUUUAGAAAUGUAGAAGUAGAUAUAAGCCCUUUACACUAAAGUAUUCAUUUGUAAUCAAAAACCUCUUAGACACUAAAAUAAGAUAAAAUUGAGGACAUGCAUAUUAACACCCCAGCCCUCAUAACCCUUCAAACUGCAAUGGACAGGGAUGUGAAGUCUUUAAUGCAGUUUAAUAUGCAGGGAUUCUGUCUUUGUAAGUCAUUAUGUUGAAUCUGGUUAAUAAUAACACAAAUUAUUUUCUAGGUGCUGAAAGUUGAUUUAAGCUAAUGAUAAGUCACUGUAUGGUCAAUGCUCUCUGUUUUCUAAGUUUUAAUAGUUUACCCACUCCAAAGUCAUCCUCACAGUAUCACAUUAUUUCUGAAUAAUGUGAAAGAAAGCUGGUGUCAGCAAGUGAAGGGCCAGGAUUUAAAGGUUUAAAAAAGAAAAGGCAAAUAAUCGCAGCACUCUUAAGUAUUCUAUUUUAAUGAUUAAGAUUAACAGCAGCUAAAGGAAACAAAUAUUCUGUGUCAGACGACGGUCUUUCACUCUUGGUCUUCGUUUCAUUCAUCUGCCGUCUACCUUUAUCAUCAACAAUGGAAUACUUCAUCACGAGUGCUAGCAUGUUUUGCUUGUAGUGUUCUCUUUGAGUUAGCACCGAUUGCCUUUGAGGAGUUUUUGAGUCGAGCGUGCCAGCUCUUGGUUCUGAUAUUCAAAAGGCAGACGUUAGUUUCAACUGUUAAAAAAGAAACAACAAUCAAAAUGUAGAUAUGAUUUCAAACUAGCAGAAAUGAAUGUAACUAUGGUUGCUCAGGGUCAACUGGGAGUAUGUUAAAAACUACUGGAUUAUCAGAUCUCUAUGACUUGUGUGCAGGUGACUCGUGAAUAUUUUAGCUGCAUUAACUUGGGAUCUUUUUUUCCAUGUUCCAACAAUCUGUUAGUUGACUUUAAUGAUAUCCUUGCAGCAAACUGAGUAGAUCCAGUUGUGUUCAAAGAGUCCAGUUAACACCAUAGAGUUUUAGUUUACCUGCUUAUGAGAAGGUUUUCUAACUGGUUUGCCUACCUGAGCUCAUUUUAAACCACAUUUCAAAAAUGUAUGUGAUCAGUUGAUUCCAAUCUCCUCCCACACUGAAAAAUUCAAGUGUCACAAUAGAUGCUGCCUGUGAUGACUCCUCAUCGUCUGCACAAAGCAGACACAACAUGCAGAUCGAAUGGCAGAAAGCUACUGUCCAGGAGCAAUUGUUCGAACUCAAAAAACUUAAUUUUCCAUGUGUAAAAUUCAGAAAGUGACACUCCUAAUGAGUCUGGCAAAAGGUAGUUCAAUGCUUAUGUUUUCUGAACAAUAAGUUUGGCCCUAUCCUGCAAACAUGGAUAAAUGUGUAUCAUCUUGACUCUUGUGCAUUUUCGUUUAAUUGUCACAAUGCAAGAUACCGUGGCUGUACAAAUGAGUAAAUUAAAAAAAUAUAUCUAUAUAUAAAAGAAUAUAAACUAUUAUGUAUUUCAGGGAAUGCAAAAAAAAGAAAACGGUAACUUUUCUCUUUUUUGUAAGAGAGAGCUCCUGUAUUCAAAAUGUGCUUUGCUUCAUCUGUAAAUAGUUGAAUGGCUUAUAAAUCUUAAUUGUAACCUUUUCAGGUAUUUUUGUACAAAUAAGGGACUGAUAUAUUCUGUUUAUUGUAAUUAGAAAAAAACAUUAAUACAUUGAUAUAAAAACCUAA